CUAUAGGCUAAGGUAAUUUUUUCACGCUCUAAAUCCAAGUAGUUUUGGGUUAUAAUCCCUUUCAUAUCCUGUUCCAAUUUUUUUCGGCAUCAAUUUUCAUUUGGUAACUAUCAAAACAGCGGGGUUCAAGUUUAAUUACGUCCAAUCGGGAGUAAACAGAGGAGUGGGCCAAUAAAAGGGAUUCGAUUUAAUUAGUUGUCAGCGAAAUUGAUGAAUCUAAAACAAGAAUUGACCGGAAAGAGACAUAUCGUGUGGCUCAGAUCUCAAAUUUGGGCAAGCAAAGAGACACUUUACAUCUUGUGAAUGUAUUAAACCUGGUGUGUAGUGUUUUGCUAAGUAGGGUUUUUUUUAAUUGUGCGGAAAAUGCUGCACUCGAGUGUGUAUAUUGCCAUCUUCCUACUUGUAAACUUAAACUACUUGAUCGAAUGCGGUGGAAGGCGGCAGACUGCGUGUCCAAAAGAAUUAAAUGCUUUCUCCGUUCCAAACACCACUGGCAACGGUAAGUUAUGUCUAUUUUAUAUUUUCAUUUGGUCGUUUCGCGUGUUUUGUUUCAACAAUGAUAAACUUAUUGAUGUUUGUCUAAAUCAAGUGUUAUUGUUGUUAUUCUUGACAGCUUCUUCUGAUACGCGGCCCGAUAUAUGUUCAAGCAAUACUAGUUGUUGUAAUAAAAGCAUCGAAGAUGAAAUGAAAACGCAAAUUACUAAGAGAUUAAUGAAUCUUAUCCAUGGGCGAAAUGAGAGAGUGAGACGGCAAUUCAAAGAUGUGUAUGAUGACUUAAAAGGUAUGAACAUCCAAUGUAUGAGCUAGAAAGCUAGGGUAUUCUGUUUGUUGGCACACAAAUCAAAACGAACGACCUUGAAAGCAGCAGGAGCCACGGUGAAUUUAUUAUGAAAAUUCUCUGGCAAUUCUAAAACCCUUGGACUUCCUAAACUUCUCAGCAAGUAUUUAUUUACAAAGCUGCUGCUAUGCUAACUUUCUCAAGGGGAAUAUAAAUGACAAUAGCUGAAAUCUCGCAUUUUAUACUAUAAUUUAAGGUUUUCGGGCCAUAUGGGCAUAAUUUAGUUGGAAUGUUUAUAAUGAACAAUUCCUGCAUUAUUGAAAAAAUAUGUUUUUUAAAAGCUACGCUGUUCUAGAUAAAGUUUGCAAAACAAACGACUCAUCGCCUUUGGUUUUGCUAGAAUGUGCCAUAAUGGGUCCAGUUUAUCGAUAUAUUUAUGUUUAGGUGAUAUCGGAGAGACUGUUUAAUAACGCAUGUCUAAUGCCCGCUGUUUUCAAGAGCUUGUUUGCAAUUUUUAAAAACAAAACAUCAUUGUAUAUCCGGUCAUUGAAUGAUCUUCUUAAAAGAUAAGUUUAGUUGCGAUGGAAUAUUCGUACAAUUUCAUUACAUUCAGGCAGUUAGUUAGCAGCAUGUGAACCUUUGCUUUCGAUCAUGGUAAUUCGAGUAUGAGUAAUCGAAAAAACAUGACAUGUCUGGCGCUUCUUGCCGGACAAGGAAAGUUUAUUUUAAACCAUUCAUAUGCGCCGUGGCGGCGACUCCAGUAACAUGUUAAUAACAGCAUUAGCGAUAAGAUAUGUCCUUAGCAUUUCAAGGAGCUUAGCUGACACUAAAAGCCUUGAAGACAUUUGGCCGCUAUUAAACACAUACUUUAAAUAAUUUCUUUAAACACGAGUUACACGAGUCUGGUGUAUUAAAUUACCAACUGGUAUGUAUUGUGUUGUUUGACCAAGUGUUAUACAUAAUAACAUAUAUAUAAUGUAAUAGAAGCUUAUAUGAUUCUGAUAUUUACUAUAACAUUUGCUAAAUACAUGUUCAAAUAUAAUGUACUACAACUACAAGUAGUCGAUUUAUUCUGUCUGGACUUUGUUUAUUGCAAAAUACAAAUUUCACUGUGAAAUGUGACGUAUUUUUGUAGUUCAGAAUUAGAUAAACAUUACAGAAUAUUUCCUUCAAUCUAUGAAGCUGUAAAUAAUCAACAUCGGGUACUACAACAAAACAGGGAUGGGUAUCAGUAUAAGAAGAUUUUUUCAGAAAAUGUAAAAUCUUCUUAAUUCUUAUAUAUAAUAAGAAGAUUUAAGGGAAUAUAAGAAGAUUUUUGACAAUGACCUUAUGACAUUUUGGUGAUUUGUAUGAUAUUUGUAUGAAGUAUUGAAGUGUCAAGAAGUUGUGAUACAAAUCUAUUUGUAUCAAAUCUAUUACUAAAUUAACCCAUUGAGCCCCAGUGCACGUGCCCUACUUACUCGAUUUCUUUUUCAAAGCUAUAGAAAAUAAAAUAAUAUAAGAAGAUAUACGAAGAAAUUUGGUCAAAAACAAAAUCUUCUUAUAAUAUAUUAGAAGAAAUAAUAUAAGAAGAUUUGCCAUCCUUGCAACAAAGCAACCUUCACAUCAGAUUUAAUUUCUUUUCACAAAGUUAAAGGUAUAAAAGAAAGGAAAUCUGUGGGUUGGGUAUUUCCUGCUUCAAAUAAAGUUGUCUGCAUGGCAAUGUUAUAUAUAUUCCAAAAUAAAUACCUCACCCUUGCAUGAAUGUAGCAUUGGGAUGACUCUAUUAUUCCAUUUUAUUUUUGAACCUUACAGAGCAUUCAUUCAGUAAUACUUUAAUCUAUAAAUGCACCUUAAUAGUGUAUACCUCUUGAAGAGGGAACAUGUUGGGUUGUUUAUGCCUCUGUUAAUGCAAAUCCCCCCUUUGCACUCUGUUUUUAUUUUACUCUGUCCAACACCAGGCGAAUUUGCAUAUCAAGUAAAAAUGUUGGGUCAUUAAUUGUGGGUUAAAACUCUAAAUAUCAGCAAUGCUCAAAAGAAAAGGCCUGCUGCACCAAACACUAACUAAAUUUGAUGUGUGUUAAGUACCUGAAGCAAUGGCUUUAUAAUAUUAUAUGCCAAAUUGUGUGGCCGUGAUUUUGAAAAUUUUGUAGUAAAUAUAUAUAUAUAUAUAUAUAGAAAGCAUCAAAAUUGAGCACCCAAUAUCUUGGUUGCGUGAUACAAACUUUCCACAAUGGAAUCAUGUGCACAGUAUUUCUAGUUAUGCUGCAGCAAGGCACAGCUGGGAAAAUGUAGGUUCUGUUUUUCUGUGAGUCACAUAAGGAAGUAUGGUCAAUUUUCUGAACAAGUCAGAUAAGACCAAAAAUGAUGUCAUUUCAGCACAUCUUCCCAUAUUAAGUUACACAUAUCAAGCAUUAUCUGAUCCCAAUAGACAAUUGUUUGACUAAAAGAGUUCAACCUUUUGACCCCAAUAAACAAUUAUUUGACUGAAAAAGUUGAGCUUAUCUGACCCAAAUAAACAAUUAUUGUUUGACUUUGAGGAAGUUAAUUACUUAGUUCCUAGAAACUGCAUCCUAGAAACUGCAUUAUGCAAAUAACUGGUGUAACCUGCAAAAUGCCUCAAGGCCACCUGCACCACUCUUUGAUAUUUACAUGUAACAAUUAUUGAAUGAGGUUGAACAUGAUUCUUCAUAUCUUGCAAAACCAAAUUCAAUAAUUGUUUUAUUAUUUAUUUAAAAAGGGAAAAGACAUCUGCAUCUGUGGGUUAAAUUGUCAAAAUAAUGACCAGUUCUUUUUCUCACUUGCAGAAAAUCGUUCCUUUUUUAAGUUUGUUAAGAUGUUUCAAAAUCUUUAAUUUAGUAGGUGUUUUCAUUGAUAUUUCUUCUUUGUCUUUGAUAUUUUAAUUAUUAGUUGUUUCCUUUAAACCUGCGCGAACACGGCUGAAGGUGGCACCAUAUUGUUUUGGUCAUGUUUCAACAUUUCACAUUCAUAUUUGACAGCAUGACUUCAUAACAUAAGAUAUGUAUGCUUCAUAACCAUCAAUGAUCAUAACAUUGAAUGCGAUUUUCAUAACAUGGCAUCAUAACCUUGGAUAUGAUUUUUCAUAUUAAUUAACAUUAUGUCACAACAUUGCAUAUUAUGUCAAAAAUCCAUAUUGGGCUAUUCCAAAUAUUAUCUGCACCCCCCUGUUGAGGAACCAUGGAAUUUCCAGGGGAGGGGGUGUAUUACCCUUGGAAUUUCCAGGGGAGGGGUGUAUUAACCUUGGAAUUUCCAGGGGAGAGGUACAUUAACUUUAAAUUUCCAGGGGAGGGAAUACAUUAACCCUGGAAUUUCCAGGGGAGGGGGUGCAUUAACCCUGGAAUUUCCAAGGAAGGGGGCAUUCAGGCUCUGGAUUUCCAAGGGGAGGAGUAAUUCUCACAUGGAAUUUCCAAAGGGAGGGGUAAAUUUGAUGGGAUGGAAAUUCCAUGGGAGGACAUAUGUUAGAGGGAAAUGUCCAGACGUAAAUGUCCCAUAAUGGAAAUUCCAUAGGGAGGGGUAAUUUACACAUGGAAAUUCCAUGGACAGGGCCUAAUUUAAAAUGGAAAUUCCAUGGGGAAGGGUAAUUUUUACAAGGAAAUUCCAUGGGAAGGGGUAAAUUUUAGAUGAAAAUUUGCGGAAAUUCCAGGGGAGUACCGACAUGAGAAAGGGGUUCCUCAACAGGGGGGGUGCGGAUAAUAAUUGGAAUAGCCCAUUUGGUCAGCUAUUGAGAUGAUAUGACGAUUUCACAGUUAAGUUGGCCAUGAAUCUUUUAAAGAAAUAAUAAAAAUCAUUACUUGCUCCCUCGAUUAUACACCAAAAUGCAAGACCUGUUUGGACGCAAAAGUGAACUUAGCGCAUCUUUGAUUCUUUGGGCAUUAUUGCCAUAGAACAAGUCGCAACACAUCUCAAUUCUGUAACAUUUAUCGUGGUUUUAGACAGGGAUAGUACUGACAUGGAGCUCUGGUUGUUAGGGAGAUGCUCAGAUGCAAAUCUGAAAUCUGAGACUGAAUACAUAAAAUUCCAUAGUGAACCAAGUGAACACACGGAGUGUGGUGUUCGAACUCGCUGCUGACACUGUGACAACUCUCUGCAUGGAAACGUCAUGUAAACCGCUGCAAAGAGCCAGUGUGUUGUGUGUACAGAUUAAAUACACCCUUUCGGAAAGUAUUUUGCCUUGGCUAUUGAACCUCAUUGAGUCCAUAUUAGACAUACUUGGUUGACAGGUCCGUAAUUAGCUAUGCCUAUGAAGAAAUUUCGUGAAACGAUUUAAAACUGGAAGACUUCAAGUCAGAAACAAAAGAAGUCAGAUACUGAAUGGAAUUUAUUCAAUUUGUGAAGUAUUGGUUAGCGUCCCAAAUAUUACCAAAAACACUUUUUUUUAUGUACUAAUGUGGAAAAACAUGGAGAGGCCAAAACCUAACGGGAAAAACUAGAAUUAAAUUGACAAGAAAGAAAGUUCUUUUGGUCAUUUACUUCAAUGUUUUUAAAGUUUGUUCGUUCACUGCAACCAGGUAUAUCAAUCAUGUUUCGCUCGCUACUCUGGUUUAAAUAAAUUAUUACAAAGCCCAGUCGAAUUGUAAUCAAGACCCAACGUUUCUACACUCCAGUCUAGUGUCUUCAUCAGGGGUGAUCUAAAACUGCGAUCGUGGCUUCUUAAAUACCCAAGGGAUGACGUCACCUGCCAUGAGAUGCAUGUAUUCCAUUGGCAAAUAGGCACCGUCAUCCUUAUCCAAAGCAUGAUUACUCAUAUUUAUAUGCCACGCUUCUAGGCAUAGUCUUUGACCAUAGCGAUUGUUUGUGGUAAUUACUUUAGAGUUUUCUCACGCAACCUUUUGAUGUUGUGUGACACCAAACACAAGAUUGCGUGGGAAAACUCUAAAGUAAUUAUCACAAACAAUCGCUAUGGUCAAAGACUAUGCCUAGAAACGUGGCAAAUAAAUAUGAGUAAUCAUGCUUUGGAUAGGAAUGACGGUGCCUAUUUGCCAAUGGAAUACAUGCAUCUCAUUGGCAGGUGACGUUAUACCUUGGGUAUUUAAGAAGCCACGAUUGCAACUUUAGAUCACCCCUGAUGAAGACACUAGACUGGAGUGUCGAAACGUUGGGUCUUGAUUACAAUUCGACUGGGCUUUGUAAUCAUUUAUUUAAACCAGAGUAGCGAGCGAAACAUGGUUACUUCAAUGUCGUUGUAGUACAACAUUCUUUCGGCUAUUCUUCGAAAUUUGUUUCAAAAUAUACAAAGAGAAAUUUUAAAAUUCAUAUUGAUAUAGUCGCAGCUAUAAAAGGGCCUGAAAGGUACAUUUUUUUAUAAAGGUAGAGUGCUUCAGGCUCCAAAUAUACCCUUCUUUAUAUCUUUUGGAGAUUUACUCAUCAAAACGCAAUAGUACAAUAUUGCCUCAAUAGUAUCACUACCUAAUUUAAAUUCUGAUUGGUUAUGAGCAGUGUAAGCUUAAUGAAAUGUGUUGUUAAAGAAUAUAUAAUCGGGAUUUACCUAUAAUGACAUAUGCGCACAUCUUAAAGCACGGGAAUUUAUAAUUUUACAGUUCUAGCUACAACGGCAAAAAACUAUGAACAGCCGUUGUAGACAAAGGCGGGAGAAGAACAAAUUGAGAAUGUUUGAUUAGCAUUUACUGCGCGGGUUCAUGCGCGGACCGUAAAAUUGUUGCAGACCGUACGUAAAUCUUUUUACAGGCCAUUAACCAAGUCUGACGAUCUAUACAAGUGUACAACUCGUCUUGCGAACCGCAUCUGCCUACCUUGGGUUCUGCCGCCCGUGCAGGCGUAGCGAAGGAGGGGGUUUCUUUGGGGGCGGGAAAAAUCUGCAUGCUCAUUUCGCAUCAAUUACCUAUUUUGGUAACAAAUUUGAUGACACAGCAUUGACCACGCCCCAACACGUCAAAACCACACCCAUUCUGUCGGUAAAAGUAAAGGGUCUGUUCAUUAGACCGCGAGCAGUCAUAAACCCGCGGAAAGGAGGGCCCGCCCGCAGUCUAUCUGUUCAUAUGAGCCGGGCAUUUUUCCUAAAUGUCAUAUCACUAACAUAUCACUAGAUUGCAUUGAUAUCGAAGGAACUAGACUCAGUUCCGAAAUAUCACAUACAGUCGAACCUCUAUUAAACGGCCACCCCCGAGGAUCGGCUUUGUGGCCGCUUAAUAAAGGUGGCCGCUAAAUAGAGGUACGCAACUAAUAGACCCUGGGCGUAGUCAAAUUUAUCUUUAAUUCUCAGUUUCAUCUACUAUAAUAUUUUUUCACAGGCAUACAUUGUGCCAACAACACGAAGCCAUCACACUAUCAUAUUUCACACUAAACCUUUUGAACAAACACUUAGGGACUAUUGUGCCAUAAAUUUAUUACUAGGACACCAAUAUGGUUCUCACUACCUAUAUCUAAACCUAAAAAUCCUGCAGGCUGGCCGCUUAAUAGAGGUAAAAAUUGACAUAAAACAUCAUUUGGGACCGCUCUUUCGGUGGCCGCGGCCGCUUAAUAGAGGUGGCCGUUUAACAGAGGGAUAGUUUAUAGUAUUUGUAUUACAAAAAUUUGGGGACUUCCAUAUGUGGCCGUUUAAUAGAGGGUGGCCGCUUAAUGGAGGGCCGCUUAAUAGAGGUUCGACUGUACUAUCAUAUCACUAGAUUGCAUUGAUAUCGAAGGAACUAGACUCAGUUCCUUCCAUAGUUCCUUCCAAAUAUCAUAUCACUAGAUUGCAUUGAUAUCGAAGGAACUAGACUCAGUUCCGAAAUAUCACAUACUCGAACCGACCUGACCGCUUAGCUCAGUUGGCAGAGCAUUGGGCUAGUAUUCCAAAGGUCGUAGGUUCGAUUCCCACCGUGGCCAGGCAUAUUCAGUCAAGCUUGUCCGGUGUGAAUAUACACUCAGAGUAACAUCACAAACAUCAUAUUCACCUGAGUACAUUACACCAACACAGAAAAAAUGUAAAAAUUCAUAUUCGUCUUUUUUAGGUUUAUUCCAAAGUGGCCUUGAAAAAACAUCCAAAAGUGCUAUAGAAUCGUUAGAGUCUCAAGCAAAGAGAGGUAUAGCUCAACGCACCAAACCUCUUAUUCGUACGCUAUUUGAUGACCUGCGGACAUCGGUAACCAAUAAAGAUCUACAUGUGCAAAAUUCCACCACAACGUUUUUCAGAAAUUUUUAUCCAAUUGUUUACCAAUACUCAGUCGUUGGACAAACACUUCCUGGAGAAUUUGCUGAAUGUUUGAAAAAUAAUGUGAAUUUGAUUAUGCCUUUUAAAGAUGUCCCGCAAACUCUGACAGCUUUUUUAAUCAAGAAGUUACAACCUGUACAACAAGUCUUACGUAGUUUACAAACAAUUGGUCAUGUUUUGGAUGUUAUUGAUAAUGUCCAGCUUUCUAAUGAGUGUACUUCUGCCUUGGUAAAAAUGAGUUAUUGUUCGUUGUGUGAUGGUUUCAGUGAUGUCAAACCUUGCCCAGAGUAUUGCACUACUAUUGUAUCUUCCUGCUUGGAGCCUUACAGUCAGAUUGAACACGAAUGGAGUUCGUUUAUUAACAAACUGGAAAAUUUUCAUAAACUUCUAGCCAAGUCGUUAGAUGUAUCUGCUAUGUUUACAAAGUUACAGGCAUUUCUUUCAGAUUCAAUUUCUCAUGCAAGUCAUUCAAAAGUUGCAACAAAGGUGAGAAAUCAUGACCGAGAAUAUGACUAGUA